AUGCAGUUCAAGAACGUUGUCGCUGGCGCAGCCGUGCUGCUUGCCUCUGCCCCUGCUGUCCUGGCGGUGGGAUCUGCUACUGUGGUCAACAACUGCGGAUACCCCGUCUACUACGCAUCUGUCGGCGGCAGCUCCAACCCUAGCAUGCAGCCGCUCGAGGGAAGCUACAGCGAAUCCUACUCCGAGCAGGGCGUCGGCAUCUCGAUCAAGCUCGCCCCCAAUGCCACCACCUCCGGCCCAAUCUCCCAAUUCGAGUUCACCUGGGCCAACGGCAAGAUCUCGUACGACCUCUCUAACAUCAAUGGCUACCCAUUCUCUACUGGUGGCAUGGAGAUCGUCCCGUCCAUGCAGAACGACCCUAACAACCCAACCUGCGUCGUCGUCGACUGCCCUGCGGGUCAGUCUGUCUGCUCCGCCGCCUACAAUGCCCCUGAUGAUACUCGCACCAUGGUCUGCGACCAAGACUCCAACCUGGUCUUGACCAUCUGCCCCGGCGGUUCGAGCAAGCGAAGCGUCGCCGUCAGCGAAGGACACAUGCACUACCGUGUCCAUGCUCGUCAUCUGCCCAAGAAGGCAUAG